CCCAUUCUUUCCCAGGGGAAGCUGUUCAGGUUCUAUCCUGCGUGUUCUCGAGAAAGUUUUGAUGAGAGAAAACAUCACACAGAAAGGUGCACGCGUCACAAGUUUCCAGCUCCAUGGAUUUUUGCAAACCGAGCACAUUUGUGGGCCAAGAGUGGGGCCCACAGCGAGAAUAUCCUUCCUGCCGCUCCUGCCGUCCAUCCGGCAGCACAGCCACUACCCGGCCGUGGAACGACACAGAACUGUGCACUGUUGUGUUUAUGGUGAUGACAACAGUGAGUGUCUCUCGCCUGGCUGCACUUGCUGGAGGCACUGGCUGCUCUGACUUCCUCGCUCCGGAACAUUCCCUGCUGAACAGCGACACCAGGGAAGGCCAAGGAGGGUGCACAAGACUCAGUCCUUCACCUGAUGGCGACUUGGCCACGCUCAUCUUUCCUUAUUCUCAAAGACCUGUGUGGGGCUGGAGAGAGUUGGGGUUUCCAGUGGCCCGAAGUGUGGCUGAAAGCAGAGUGUUCCACUGGGAAAAAGAGAAUUCUUCCAAAGAGAAGGAUGAAGCCAGCAGCAGGGGUCCUGGCAGGACUGACCCCCACGGAGCUGAUGAGGCCGAGUGUCAGGAAGCAUGCACAUUUUCCUUGAAAACAGACACAGGUCAACUUGUGUUACGGCGUCGGCGAGGUCAUCAAAUAACCCCAUAGUGACUAAUACUGUAACUACAUGCCUGCCUAAAGUGACCUGACAUACUGCAGGUGCACACAAGAUUCUACGUAGUGAAAAUACAUAUACAAUUGUUGCUAAAUUCAAAUCCUAGAAAAUCCACUGGAUUGAUACUUUAGAAGAGGAUAAUGGAUAAAAUCAACCGAUAGGAAAAUUCAAAUAUUUAGAAAAUGCUAAUUUCAAUCUAGUGUAAAAAUACCACAAAUUUGUACUGAAUUUUUUUUCCUUAUUACAAAAAUAUUCAAGCAAUAAAAAUGUCAGAUAUUA